AGUCUCAUAGAUAGCGCUAUAUAUACCACAUUACGAAAUUGCGAGAACAGCGUGAACAGGUGAUACGUUACGGCUUUGGGGGCGGGAACAAGCGGGAAGUGUAAUUGUCAAAUACAUAAAAUUAUUGAAAACAUGGGUAAUAGAAGAAAUUUGCUCUUUAAGAUCAUCUCGCUAUUAAAGAAAUUUUAAGUCUCGGUGAGUAUGUACACAGCAAACGAGUAUAGUAGUGACGCAAAUUGCUUAAAAUAUAGUAGCAGGAAUGGAUUCAGAAGCAAGUGUUUCAGAACGCCGAUACAGGCUCUUAAGAAAACAGUUAGAUGAGCUAGGAUAUUUAAAUACUUUACCAAUAGAAGCCCUUCCGCUUGUUGAGAGGCUUAUCUCAGACUUAUUGCAUACAACUGAAAGUCUUCGACACUAUAAAGAAAUUGCUCAGAAGUCAUUAGAGGAACGUGUAUACUUCGCUAAUGGAGUAGAACCAUACAAGCAAGAAAAUGCAAAAUUAGUUAGAGAAUUAAAUGAUUUACAUAUAAAAUAUUUGAAGAGUAAGGAAGAAAUAGAAAAACAGCAGAAAGAAUUCAAGUCUCAGAUUCGCAAACUGCAAAGUGAAAAUUCAGAUCUCCAAUUUCUCAGCUCCCAACACUUACUUCAAGUGAAAGAAUUGGAGAAAGAAUCAACUGAAAAAACUCUGACAAUUUUGCGUUUACAAAAUAAAAGUGCUCAACCUGUAGUUAUAAACCCAGGUGGGAAGAAGGCACCGUUACGCACUCGUCCAACGCUUGAAAUUGAUGCACCAUUAGACCCUCCAAAAACUUGGAAAGAUCAAUUUUGGACUGCAACAGCACAAGUCAAGGAUCCGUAUAUAGCAAACAUGGUGGAAACAUGUGAUGAACGCAUAUGUUUGCUCUCAAGAGAGGUAAAUGUUUUGAAGGAGGAACGUAACCAGCAAUCAGAGAAAAUAUCUCUUUUGGAAACUAAGAUUCUUAACCGAGACAGGCAAAUAGAACAUUUGACCAGCAUGUUGGAAGGAGGUCGUCCUAUAAGUGCUGUAGGUAAAGAUUAUUGUGUUAAAGAAAUGGAAAUUCAGUUCAAAAUGUAUAAAGAGGAAGUUAAGAGAUUGGAAAAAGAAAAUAAAGAAUUGGAAGUUAAUUUAAAAGAAGCUGUUGCUAGUCACCAUGAGGCUUCAUCUAAAGCCUGUAGGUUAGCUGAACGGAAUAAACAGCUAGAAACAGAAUUGCGAGAUAUUGAUCAUAUGGCUCUCACAGUUGAAGCAGAAUGUAAUUCAACUGUGAAGGAAAAUAACAAAAAAGUGCAUAAGAUUCAGGAGAAACUUGAAAUGAGUCUAUCUCAAAUAAAUAGCCUUGAACGUGAAAUUCUGGAAUUAAAACGCAGUAGUCAAGAGCAAGAAGCUGAAUUAGGAAAAAUAAAAUUAGAAAAACACAAAAUACAAAAACAGAUGGACAAUACCCGGGAAGAAAAGAAGAGGCUGAUUGAAAAAAUUAACAGUUUUACAGUUAUUGAAAAGGACUUGAUGACUGAAAUCGAUAGACUUACACAGUUACACAGCAUGCAGAAGCGUAGAAUAGCAGAACUUGAAACUCGCAUGUUGAAUUAUGCAAACAGUUCAAGUUCGUCAACCAGAUCAAAGAAGUCUCCUGUGGAAGAAUCAUUAGAAAUCAGGCUGCAACAACUUCAAGCUGAAAGAGAUCACUUCAAGACCGAGUAUCAUAAGCUUCUGGAACAUGUUCAGAAUAUACCGUCUCACCCUCAUCCAAUGGCUUCUGGAGAUGGGAGCAACACCAUCAAGCGCAUACAGGCAGAAAGAGAUCACUACCAGAGGGAUGCAGAAAAAUUACAAGAGGAGAUCGCAAAAAUGACUGCUCUCCUUCAGGAAAAACGGAAUGAUGUGGCGGAAGAAGCAGAAAAUAAUUUGAAGCUACGCCGUAAGCUGAAUGAACAAGACCAAGAAAUAGUGAAGCUUCAUCAGUGCAUUCAGGAUUUGAAUUAUGAGAAACAGAACCUUCAGAAGCGAAUAGAUGGUAAAAUCAUAUCUGCUGUAGCACGAUCAGCAAUGACUUCCCCUGUGAUGGAGGGCCCAGGACAGUCUGUUAGGGCAGUGGUAAAUCGAUGCUUGAGAGAGCGAGAUCUUGCUAAAGGAGAUGUUCUGCGAUUAGAAGAAGAGAGAGAUGCCCUUCGUGCCCGGCUCAAGAUUGCUACUGAGACACAAGUUACGGAACACGCCCGUUUAGAGAAGACCAUCAUGGAGAGCGAAGAUAGGGUUCGGCGACUGGAAUUGGAGAGGCGAGAACUGAUGGCUACGACUGGUGUGCAGAAAGCGACCAUAAAUAAUUUAGAAGAUGAAUUGGAGACGUUACGAGAGAAAUUUAAUGGCAGUCAAAUGGAACUUACUCAGCAACGCACCCUCUAUACUCAAAUUAAGUCCCUGCAGGACCAGACAGAUCGUGCUCUGGCCGAUAGCCAGGGGCAGUUGGCUCAACUGGAAGCGGAGUUGGCCAACUCUAGGGACCGCGUUCGAGUCUUGGAAAGUGACAGAGCUUCUCUGGAUAGAGAAGUAUCUUCUUUGAAGACAGAACAGACUGUGCUGCGCGGCAACAUUGCACAAGUGGAUCAAGAAAAAGAUGCGUUGCUGAUGAGUAUUGACAGCAAGACGGAGCAGAUUGCACAGCUGGAGAGGCAGUUGAAGCUGAUUGAGAACAAGUGUGUGGAUUUGGAAGGAAAUGUUGCUGAGCUUCAAAGAAAACUCGACAUCAGCCUGGAGGAGAGCGCGGCGCGCGAGCAGGCGCUGCGGGCGGCGGCGCGCGAGGCGGAGGUGCUGCGCGCGGAGCUGCAGACGCUGGAGCGCGCGCGCGACGGCCUCCUGCGCGAGAACCGGUUUAUGUAA